AUGGAGACCUUCAAGCGCGCCUUCAAGCCCGACCGUGGCCAAGCGCAAGACCAGGACAUGACGCCUGCCGACAAGGACCUGCGGGGCGUCGAGUCCGUGACGGGGCUCCGCCAGGGAAAGCGUGACGAACUAAACCCCCAAGCGCAAAAAGAGUUACAACAGUUGCGCAGCACCCUGCAGUCUUCAAACAUCCAGUCUUCACGAAUGCAACACCAUGCUUUUGAACCCGUCUCUCUCCCCGGCUCCCAGCCAGCAUCACGCGUGAGUAUUUGCGAACCAUUCGGGAAGUCUCUCAGGCAGCUGAUCAGCCUCACCUCACAGGUCCCUUCCGGCUCUGCGACUCCCCAUAAAAGAUCCAUGCAUGCAGGCUCUGGAGAAGGCACACCUCGAACCUCACCUCCCACCUCCGCCGUGCAUUCUCCGCCCUUGACGCCUGCCGCCACUCGUUCGCGAGAUGGCGGCAGGGCUCCCACCAGCGCUGCUCAUGUGCGGCCACCGCAAGACAUCAUGACACCGCAGCGAUCCGCCUCUCCCCAAAGGCCCGAAGGCGCCGCUCCGGUUUCGAGCCAUCCCAAGUCACAGCCCACACACUCUCUCGCACCGAGCGGAGACUCGCAACCCGCCUCACAAGAUGUCAGUCCGAGUGGAACACCUGCCAGUACAGCUGCUGGAACACCGAGAUCCUACACUCCUACCGGCGAUGCGAAGGGCAAGAGACAGUCGCAGCUCAUCAGCGAUGGCAAUACAAAGUUCAGAUUUGGAGCCAGAGAUCCAGCGGUGGGAUAUGCAAAUUCUGGACUGGGUCCUCAACUCCCGCCCAAUGCUCCUGGCGCGAUGCCAAGAUCUGGUUCGGGACAAUUCCAGACGGCGCAGAAGACCGAGACGGACAAGCGAUCGAGCUUCUUUGGCGGGCACAAGAAGGAAGAUACGGACAGUUCAUCUACAAUUGAUAAAGGGCACUCGCACAGCAGUUCAAAGUCGAAUCUAAAACGAUUCUUCAAGUUUGGAGGUAUGCAGGAAACUGGUGACUGCAUGAAGCAAGGGCACAAGCGCGACUAUCGAGUCGCUCCCACUUGACAGUCCGCUCUGUCGUGAACAACACGCUAACCUCUGUUCAGAUCAUAAAAAUAAGCACCACAAAGACGACAUGUCCUCGAAAUCAAACGGUGGCUCGGGCACUAAAACGCCCACCCGCGCAACCUCCGGCGGCGAUCAACCGGCUGUGCCCUUCGCCGACGACCAUGGUUUGUCAUCGAAGUACGGCAAGUUUGGGAAAAUGCUUGGAUCCGGAGCGGGCGGAUCUGUACGACUGAUGAAACGAACGGGGGACGGAACAGUCUUUGCCGUCAAGCAAUUCCGGGACCGGCACGCGUACGAGAGCGAACGGGAGUACAACAAAAAAGUGACUGCCGAAUUCUGCAUCGGCUCCACGCUCCACCAUGGAAACAUCAUUGAAACAAUAGACAUCGUCUACGAGAAGGGCAAGUGGUUCGAAGUCAUGGAAUAUGCGCCAUACGAUCUGUUCGCCACGGUGAUGACCGGGAAGAUGGGAAGGGAAGAGGUCACCUGUUCCACUUUACAGAUCCUGAGUGGGGUGCUCUACCUACAUAGCAUGGGGCUGGCACAUCGCGACCUGAAGCUGGACAACGUGGUGAUUAACGAGCGCGGCAUCAUGAAGUUGAUUGACUUUGGAAGUGCAGUGGUCUUCCGAUACCCGUUUGAGAACGACAUUGUCUUGGCGACAGGUAUGCAUCACUUCUGGCUGAUUUCGUUGACAUGACUGAUUUGUCUCAGGUGUUGUUGGAUCCGAUCCAUACCUUGCUCCCGAGGUGUACGACCAAGCGAAAUACGACCCGCGACCAGCCGAUAUAUGGUCAAUCGCCAUCAUCUUCUGCUGCAUGACGUUGAGACGGUUCCCAUGGAAAGCGCCGAGGGUGUCAGAUAACUCGUAUCGACUGUUCGUCUCUCCUCCUGACCCUGGACAAGAUCAAUUACUGGACGCCAACCGAAGGUCCAUCGCGGCACGAGGCGGCAGCACUGCGCCUCCCUCGAGAAAUGCAAGCGGUGACGAGUCCGCACAAGACUCGGAGCAUAAGCACCAUAAGCAGGAGGAGGCGAAGUCGCAACCCGAAGCCGCAAGCAGAGCAAGUACCGUCUCGGACUCGCAGCCUACGAUCAAAGGUCCUGUGCGCUUACUUCGAUUACUCCCGCGGGAGACGCGGCACAUCAUCGGACGGAUGCUCGAGCUGGAUCCGAAGAAGCGAGCGAGUACGUAUCAGUCGGCAUGAAUGAUGGAUGUAGAAGAGAGAGAAAGUGUGCUGACGUGACGAUAGCGAUGGAUGAGAUCUUGGCCGACCCGUGGGUGCAGAACGCACUCGUGUGUCGACAAGAGGAGAACGGGGUGAUUGUCCGAGCGCCGAACCAUACCCACACAUUACAACCGAGCAACGCCGGCGGAAACUAG